GAAGAGAGCAGGGGGAGAAGGAAAAGAGAUGCACACUUCGUAAGGAAGAGACCCCGGUACCAGCUCGGGCUCUCUGGGCCUCAAGCCUAAAGGAAGAGACACCGGAGCAGUUCCGGUACCAUCUGGGGAGAAGAAUUUGCCAUGGAAGAGCCUGCAGCUCCCACUGAAGCCUCUGAGGCAUCUGGGGCACCUGCGGGGGCCGAGGUGGCAGGGGAGGGUGCACCUGGGCCUUCACUCCACAUGCGCCCGGUCUUCCGGCAAUUUGCGGCUGCAGGCCCGGCCCCCCUCCGUGCGUCACGUCGGAGGCCUGCCCAGGCCUCUGGGGGAGGGGCGGGGCCCAGUCGCUUGCAGGGCCGGAGCAGCGGCAGCUGGACAAAGCAAGUCACCUGCAGGUAUUUUCUGCAUGGGCUUUGCAAGGAGGGGGAGAACUGUCGUUAUUCCCAUGACCUCUCGGGCCGGCUGCAGGCUGGGGAGAGCCCUGGCUCACCGCCUGGGGCCUCCGCAGACCCAAGCCCUAGCACGGCUGCGCAUAUUGAGACCUUGCCUCAGGAAGUGGCUGAAGCCUCCUCUGUUGCGUUCGCCUGCUCCUUGCCUGCGAUUGGCUUAGCUGCUGAAGGGGGUUUCUUUGAAGCUGAGAGAGACAAUGCAGGCCUUGAAGCUGCCGGAGGAGCUGGUGUGGAAGGUUGGGAGAAUGCCAUUGAGUUUGUUCCUGGGCAACCCUACCGGGGCCGCAUGAUCCCUUCUGUUCCCAGGGCUUCUGUGCAGAGCCCAGUGACUGAGAGGGAACAGAUUGCAGUGGGCAGUGGGCAGCAGCUUUGCCGAGAUGCGGCUAUGGGGCAGUGCUUUCGUGGGGAGAGCUGUAUGUAUGUCCAUGGAGAGAUAUGUGAUAUGUGUGGGCUUCAGGUCUUGCACCCUGUGGAUGCUGCACAGAGGGCAGACCAUAUAAAGGCUUGCAUUGAAGCACACGAGAAGGAUAUGGAGCUCUCGUUUGCAGUUCAGCGAAGUAUGGACAAAGUGUGUGGCAUCUGCAUGGAGGUUGUCUAUGAGAAAGCCAACCCCAGUGACUGCCGCUUUGGCAUCCUCUCCAACUGCACCCACACCUACUGUCUUAGGUGUAUCCGCAGGUGGAGGACUGACAAGCAGUUUGGCAACAGGAUCGUCAAGUCCUGUCCACAGUGCAGGGUCACCUCCAACUUUGUGAUUCCCAGUGAGUUCUGGGUGGAGGAGGAGGAAGAGAAGCAGAAACUUAUUCAGCAAUACAAGGAGGCAAUGAGCAACAAGACUUGCAGGUAUUUCGCAGGAGGCAGGGGUUUCUGCCCAUUUGGAGAUAACUGUUUUUACAAGCAUGCAGACCCAGAGGGCCUGGGAGAGGAUCCUCAGAGGCUGAGUGCUGAGGCAUCCGGUGCUCACUGCGGUCAAUUUUCGGAGCCUACUCAGGUGCGAGAGGGUGAGAUGCCCUUUAAAAGCAGUAAAAAAGAGCUUGUCAUGCUUCGGCUGGCCAAUCUGUUGUUUAAGUGUUUUAUUUCACUGGGAAAUGAUGAGAUCUUUUCAAAGGACCAGUGGGACUUGCUUCAUUAUGAGCUGGAAAAAAAUAUUUCAGUUUGAAUCUGUAGCAUUAUGCUGUGGCAUGUGGUCUAGUGUGCUAAGGCUCUGCCAUCCGCUGUUGCUUGUUUUCUGUUUAUAGACACAUCUAUCAUUCACAGGCUAUUGAAGCCCUUUUUAUAAAGCAUCCAUCUCUGUUUUCUUCCAUCCCCAUUUCAAGGUUAUAGUGCUUUACUGUGGUGAACUGUAACAAAAAGUCCUUAACGUUAUUGUUUGAUGAAAUGAAUAUGACUGUAGUUUAUGGUUUAUUUUGUCAUCUCUGUUUUCAACAGGAUUGACUCAGUUCUAGUCUAGUGUUUACAGAAUUUCCACACUCAUUUUGAAGUCCCUCAAGAAUAAAUGUGACAGGGUGAAGGGAGAAGUCUAAACUGAACAAGGAGCUUUUUGCUACUACAGCCUUAAGAAAUGGACCCUCGCAGGGCCUUUGUGGUACAGCUGCUCACCUUUGUUGUUUACAUGUCUGUUCCUUCCCUCAUUCCCCUUCAAGUGCACUCUUUAACAUGUGGUUACCUUGUGGUUUUUGUGUUUAACUUGACCAGAACCAGGUGUGUAUGUUUACAUGUUUUUAUCCUGUGAAGCUUGAUGUGAAAUUACUUAUAUUUGGAAGUAUUUAUUUAAGAAUUAUAUAUGUGCAUAUAAAUGUGUAAAAAGUUAUAUGAUCAAAAAUAUUUAUAAAGGAUACACCAUAUACUAUCUGGAAGAGCUGGAAGCUGGAAGCGAAAGGCAAUAUGAUUUGCUGUUGUGUGAGUGUGAGGUGUGUGAAUAAUUGUUCUGUCCUUUUCACAGGCUCAGUAAAUAGUAUCUAAUGACAACAGAUAAUUAAAGUGGCUCUGGUCAAUUAUAGCAGACACCGAUAAAGAAAUUUUACAAAAUAGGACAUUGGUAAUUCCUGUGAUGGCAUUAAUAGCUCACUGUUCUAUUAUAAAUACAGAAAUGUGUGUUCCCGUGCAGUUUAGCACAAUGUCAUUAUUCCUUAUAAUAGCACAAUCAAUCCUGAACUCAGAUACACAGUACUUUGUAUUCAAUAUUUCUAGAUAUUCAAAGAAAGGGGCUUUUGACAAAAGUUUUCAAUAUAUACAUGACAAAAUUAUAAAAGAAAAUAGAAUAAUAUUUAAAUCAGUCAAAAUAUAAGAAUGGAAAGAUAAGUGAAAUAUAUAAAGGAACAAAAACUAAAUACAUAGUAAUAUGGGAAUUACACACUAUCAGAUUAAGUGAAAAUGGCUUAAAAAUUGAAACUCAAGGGUUAUCAGACUUGAUUAAAAUUAAAAUGAAACUGUAUGCUGUUUAAAAUACACACCUACAACAUAAGAAUACAGAACCUUAAAAGUAAUAGAAUGAAAAAAUAAAUAGCAAUGCUGUGACUUUUGUAAUAGACAAAGUUGAUAUUAAGGGUAAAAAGAUUGCUGGAAAAAAAAGAUUGCUGGAGAUAAAUAAGGUUAGUAUAUGAAUAUUAAAUUAUAAUUUACCUGGAAAAUAAAACUAUUCCAAUUUUGUAUUCAUUUAAAAACAGCAUCAAAAAUAAAUAAUAAGAAAAAUAUAAAAUUUAAGUGGACAAUUUUCAUACAUCUUUUCAGUAACUGAACAAGCAAAGGAGUUGAACAGCACAAUUCUAACAAUUUAUCUAAUGUAAAAUGUACAAAAUGUUGUAUGCAUCAACUGCAGAAUGUUCUUCUCUUGGCUGAGGGUGAAAAUAUACCAGAUACAUAAAUUCUAUGAGAUCCAGAUCGUCCGGACUAUUUAGGAAAGACACAGUACAUUUACAGAGUUUGUGCCAUUUACUAAGCACUCUCCAAAGGACUAAUUUAAUUCUCAGACCAAUGUUGUGAAGUCAUUGCUAUAAUUAUUCUUAUAAUCCUAAUGAAGUAAAUACGGUUGAGAGGUUAAAUUACUUACACAUACAGCUGUGACCCGUAGGUAUAAAUUAUUUGAACCACAAAAGGAACUCACUGGUAUAUUUCCAGAGCACAGGCACCAUGCUGCUUCUUCCCUCAUCUACAUGUCCAGGAUCAGCUAGACCAGCUGAAUAUUGCUAUUGGAAAUGUGUGUGCAAUCUUUCAGUAUGGAUGGUUCAGCCAGAUGGGACAGAGAUGGACAUAAAAAAGCUCCUAGAGAAUGUGGGAGCUGUGGGGCUUUGUUGGCUUACAGACUCAGUAUUUCUUAGUCCCUCACCCAAUAUGCCUCAGCUUCCCAGAUUCUUAAACUGCCUCUCUCUUCUUAUAUUAUGCCUGAUUUUAUCGGUAAGUAUCUCAGCCCAUUUUACUGGCACCUUUGCCAUAUUUAUUGCGUAUCAAUUCUUAUCCAAAGAAUUCACCAAUCAAGAGGCUGUGGAUGCCUCACUAUUAACUGUCAUGCAGGGUGAGUAAUUCCAAACAAAAAUCAAAUAUGCUGGUUCCCCUGAGGCCACUCCAUGCAGGGGAAAGAGGAAUCAGAUGACCAAACAACCAAAGAAAAAGGACCAGAUGGGUCACUCUCAAAGACUACUGGCACCAAAGUCUCAAAAAAAAUGAGCUUUGAAUAGAGGCUAAGCUGCUAUUAAGGGGGGAUUUUUAAGCUGAGCUUGGAAAACUUUGAAAACUUUGUCUUAAUAUACACUACCUAAUGUUCUAAAAUAGAAUGUUUUUAUUCAAAUGGCAUCUUGAAACAAUCAUUAUAAAGUUCAGGAUAUACAAUGGAACAAGGAUUGGCAGAAGAUAAAGUGGUUUUGCUGACAAUGAAUAAUUAGAAUCCUGACUCAGCUUCUUACCAGCCAUGCAGACUGGAGCAAGUUACUUAAAUUUCCUAUACCUCAGUUUUUUUAUAUGAGAAAUGGGUAUAGCACCACCUAUUUUGUGGUUGUUAUGACGAAAAUAUGUACAUUGGACAAAGAAAUUGAAACAUAGAUUGGAUUUUUAAAGUGGCAUGUGUAAAAGGAUUAUAUGUGUUUGUGACCUCAGAAGAGCUUGCACAAGAAUUAAUAAUCCACAGACUUUUUCUCUUUGGGUAUCUUUGGAACUUGUGUUAAAGUAACGGUGUUAUUUUAUGAUUUUUUUGUAGCAUGGGGGCACAUUACCCUUAUAGUCAUAAUUUUAAAAAGAUCAAGUAAUUUUUUUCAACAAAAGUGAUUCAGUUAAAACUAAAAAUGUGCUAUUUUAUUCCUGAAAUAUAGUAAGCAACAACAAAAAUAUGUAUUAUUUGUGAUGGAUGUCUACAUAAGGAAAAUAAAUAAAAUGAUGUUUAAAAAUGGGAUUUCUGUUCCCUCAUCAGCUCAUUCAGAGGUCAGAUAAAGGAAUGUCACUGCCUUCAGCUCUGGGAAAAGUAUUCCAAGGGCUUGCUCAUGAAGUCAGCAGGGCCACCUCUGUUGCAGUCAGAAACAAAGGAGCUCUUGCCACACAAAAGUUUGCUCUGUGAGUGAUUCAGUAUGUGCUGGCCCCUCCUCCACUAGGACUCAUGGACUCAGCUCAGGUGUCUAUACAGAAGGUAUCAUUUUAAUCACACAGAAAUAAAUGCUUAUGUGAAACAAGUUUGAUUGCUUAUGCUUCAAAUGACUAAAUUUGGUGGACGUACACACUUAGAAAUACGCUAAUACUCCUUCCUCUCGAACACAUGGAAACCACUUUGUCUCAUGUACCAUUAAAUCCAUUUACUGAAUUUCAAGAACUUAAAACAUUUCUAAUCCAUAGUAAGCACCCAUAUGCUUUUCUCUUUUGUAAACAUCUUGAGGGUGUGGU